AUGUCUUCAAAUAUAAAUUUGGGCUUGGGUAGAAUAAAUUCGCUUCUACAAUUAUUAGGCAAUCCCCAUCAAAAUUUAUCAGCAAUACAUAUCGCAGGUACAAAUGGAAAGGGUUCGGUGUCUGCAUAUAUAGAUUUUAUAUUGUUUAAAGCCGGAUUUAAAACUGGCAGAUUUAACUCACCACAUCUAAUUGAUGUUAACGAUUCGAUAAGAAUUAAUACAAAACCCAUUAAUAGAACUGAUUAUCAACGUAUAUUCAAAUAUAUUCACAAUAUCAACAAGCUAAACGAUAUAGGUGCAAGUGAGUUUGAAUUGAUGACAGCGGUAGCAUUUUGGUGGUUCAAUUAUGAAAAAAUUGAUGUUGCGAUUGUGGAGGUUGGACUUGGUGGUAGGUUAGAUGCAACUAAUGUUUUCGAGAAAACUUUAGUUAGUGUGAUUACUUCUAUCGGGUUAGACCAUGUUGACAUUCUCGGUGAUAAUGUUGAAACAAUAGCAAAGGAGAAAGCAGGAAUAUUAAAAUCUGAAGAUCAUAUUGUGAUAGCACCACAAUCUGAAGAAAUAAUAAAUGCUACAUUGCUUAAUUACUGCAAAGAUAAUCUGUUGUCUACGACUAUCCAUCCUGUACAACCUGCAAAUUGGGGAUCAGAGGAAUCCGGAAUUGCCUCAAUAAAUUUAUCGGGUUUUAAUAAUCAUCUCAGUGAUGACGAUGGUAACAACACAUUGAAAUUUUGUAUGCCACUUAAAGGUGAUUUUCAGUUAGAAAAUGUAGCCACUGCUAUCAAAGCGAUUGAUGUUUUACGUCGAACUGACAGUAAAUUUAGUAGAAUUACCAACCAACAUAUUUGUGAAGGUAUCGAAUCAACACAAUGUGAAACAAUGAUGCUGGUUGAUGGAGCUCAUAAUCCUCCAGCAGCAAAAGAACUACGUAAAUACAUUGAUCAAUAUUUUACUAAACUAAAAUUCAAAAAACCAAAAGUUAAUUGGGUUUUUGCUUCGUCGAAACAUAAAAGCGUUUAUGAUAUUCUCAAAUGUCUCCUAUAUGAUGAUGAUACAUUUACGGCUGUUAACUUUUCAAAAGUGGAAAAUAUGCCAUGGGUUGAAAGUUGUGAUCAACAAGAAUUGAGAAGAAUUGCAAACCAAAUUUCACCUAAUAUUAAAACAUAUUCAAUUGAUGAUCAUAAUUUAAAGGAUUCAAUUAUUUUUGCUAAUGAGCUUUGUAAAGAACAAAAGGGAGAAGGAAUUAUUGUAUUGUGUGGAAGUUUAUAUCUUAUUGCGGAUUUAUUACGCAUAUUAGAUCUUUAUUAA